AUGCCCACAGAAAUCCUCAUCGUCGGCGCUACCGGCAAACAGGGCGGGAAGGCGCUCAGCAACCUCCUCGAAUCGCCCAACGCAUCCUCCAACCUCUCCCUCCGCUUCCUCACUCGCAAUCCCACCUCCGCAUCCGCUCAGAAGCUCGUCGCCAGGGGUGCCAAGGCAGUCAAGGGAGACUUGAAUGACACCUCGUCGCUCAACUCGGCACUCGAGGGUGUCGACAGGGCGUUCUUCGUGACGGAUGCGUUGGCGGGUGAGGCAAAGGAGGUGCAGCAGGGAAAGAACUUUGUGAAUGCCGCGCAGAAGGCUGGGGUGAAGCAUCUGGUGUUCACCAGUGUGUGCGCGGCGGAUACGGCGACUAUUGUGCCCCAUUUCCGGUCCAAGUACGAGGUUGAGAAACACCUGCAAGCGUCCGGUAUCUCCCACACCAUCCUUCGUCCUGUUGCCUUCAUGGACAACUUCCCCGUCGCAUCUGGCAUAACCCGCUUCCUCGGUAUCGGCGCCUUCUUCGCCUUUACAAAGGGCCGCCCCUGCGCGUUCAUCGCGGUGGAGGACAUCGGAGUAUUCGCCGGCAAGGCCCUCCUUUCUCCAGAGGACCCAGCUUUCAAGAACCAGAUCAUCGACCUUGCAGAGGGCGAUUACGACCUUGAAUCUACCCGUCGGUCGAUACAAAAGGCGCAGGGAUACUCGCCGUGGUUGGCUUCAUACAUCCCAGGAUUUACCCGCUCCAUCUUGCCGCACGACUUCAAGAUGAUGUUCACCUACUUUGAACAGUCCGGCUAUCCAGCGGUGAACACCGCGGAGCUCAAGAAGAUACACCCGGGUCUGAUGUCGAUGGAGGACUACUUCCGGAAGGGUUAG